AAACAAAAAAAAAAAACAAGACAAUAUUCAAAGUGUAGUUUUAACUCGAUCAUAAUCAGAUUAUGCGUCGUGAUUCAUCAUGAACACCAUGCGAUUCAUAGCGUUCGUUUGUUUCUUCACGCAAUCAGCUCGCAACGUCCAAGCCUUUGGGAUGAUGACACCAUCGUUCGCCGAGAACGUGCCCAAUAUAACGGUCGUAGCUGGUAAAGACGUCGUUCUACCGUGCAUCGUCGACAAUUUGGAACACUUCAAAGUGGCUUGGGUACGAGUGGACACUCAAACCAUUUUAACAAUUCACACCAAGGUAAUAUCGCGCAAUCCGAGAGUCGGUUUAGCGCAAAGCAGCAAACGUCAUUGGUAUUUACGGCUGAAAAAUGUCGAGCCAAGCGACCGCGGUUACUACAUGUGCCAGAUCAACACGGACCCGAUGGAGAACAGAAAAGGCUAUCUGGAAGUCUUGGUGCCUCCUAAUAUCGUCGACAGCGGGACGACGGACGGCGUCGUGGCUCGCGAGGGAUCCAACGUCAGCUUGUCUUGCCGGGCCACCGGCCACCCGGAACCCAACAUCACCUGGAGACGGGAGGAUGGCUCCGAAUUCGUCCACAAUGGGAUAUCAGUAUCGGCCGUCGAGAGCGAAGUGCUGCAAUUGACCAAAGCCAGUCGGCUUCACAUGGGUCCCUAUCUCUGCAUAGCAUCGAACGGCGUUCCACCAUCCGUAUCGCAAAGGAUUCCCCUCAAAAUUCAAUUUCCGCCAAUGUUGUGGAUCCCCAAUCAGCAAGAAUUGGCUUACAGCGGUCAGGAUGUCGUCCUGGUGUGCCAUAUCGAAGCCUAUCCAAAGUCCAUCAAUUACUGGACCACCGCCAAGGGAGAUAUGAUCAUUUCGGGCGACAAGUACGAAGCUGUAUCAUCCGACGAUUCCUAUCGGGUCUACAUGAGACUCAAAAUCCGCUCCGUCGGGCUAGCCGAUUACGGGGCUUACAAAUGCGUGGCCAAAAAUUCGCUGGGCGAAACGGACGGAACAAUCAAACUCUACGAAAUCCCUAAUCCCCACACAACAAUCGGCAUGGUCACAAACACAGUCAACAGACAAACAAGUACAGAGCCAUCUAUCAGGCACGCAAAAAAGAAAGAGAGGAAAAGAGCAAGGCCAAACAAAGGAAAUUCUCCAGCCACUCAAAAUGAAGUCACCGAUGACAAUAAUCACGGGGACGUGGUGGAAGACGAAGCCCCAGGACCACACCCAACGUCCGGACCCACGUAUUACGGCACGAUAGAUUCAAGAGAGCAUAGCAGCUCUUCGUUAACAAUUCAACCCCAUUCCUCAAGAAAUGCCAUUUGUUGCGCAGUUUUUUAUUUUCUCAUUCGCCAAUUCAUCGCCAGUUUUUCUGUAUAAAAAAUUUAAUGUUUUCUCUCUUUCAAGAAAAAAGAUGGUUCACCAGUUCCUGUUUAUAUUAUAAAAAGUGAAGCGAUACAUCAUCUGUCUUUUCUCGCAAUCCUUUCUAUCAUUCCCUAAUCAUUCGCCAUUCUUUUUCGAUUGUUUUUUUUUUCUCAUCGACUUUCACCGUCGAUUGUGUACACAUCAAAUCGACAAUUUAAAAAAAGAAACAAUCACUUUUUUGACACUGCCAAACAAAAGGAAAAAGAACGCGUGAGAAAAAGAGCCUCAUUGAGUGUUAAAAAAAAAAGAAUCCACAAUAUGA